AUGGGACCUGGUGGACCUGGAGCUGUCUCUCAGAAGACUACAGCACCAGAUCGAGGAUCUUUUCCUCUCGAUCACGACCGAGAAUGCUCUCAUAUUAUGAUUGACUAUCUCAAAUGCAUGAAGCUAGCUCAGGGUCGAAAUGCCGCAGGAUGCCGACUGCUGGCCAAGGAGUAUCUCCGAUGCAGAAUGGAGAACAACCUGAUGACUCAGGACUCUUGGGACAAUCUUGGUCUGCCCGACGAUGAUGAGACUACUGUCACUUACUCGGCAGCACUCAGUAAGAUGGCAGCGAAUAAGGAUUCGCCUGAAAGGCCACCAACAGAAUCUAAACCUGCCGAUUCAAAGUCAGGCGCGGGUUCUGGGCCCUCCUCCACGGCAUAA